AGAGAAAAAAAGGCUGUCCCUCAUAAGCAACGAAGAAGGGCGCGACCAAAGAAAGUUAAGACCCUUCGAUCAGGAUGAAAGCUUUCCAAUAUUGUAUUUCACUUUUUUUGAUCGAAAGAUAUUCUAACCGUAUAUAAAUGUAUACAGUUAAUUUGCUAGAACAACUUCCGCCUGAACUAAUACCAUCCAUUUCAAAGUACCUCCCAGAACGGGAUCUAAAAAAUGCCCGCAAUAUAAAUAAUAUAUGGGAAAGAGAGGUUAAUCUUGAAUGGUCCAAAAGAAUGAAUUUUUUAUUUGGGAGAAUAGUUCAAGGCAAUUAUACAGUAAAGGAAUAUUAUUCGAAACUGAAAGAGUGUAAUUUAAGCAAAGACUAUCCAGAAUGGCUUUUUAAAAAUCUAUUCUUCAGAGAAUUAUCACCUGAAGAUAUAUUAAAAGUUCGUUUGGAUGGGUUACAAGCACUUGCAUUAGAUGACAUAGUGGAAAGGCUUAGUCCGGAGCAGUAAUUUACCAGCGAACUAGGCUUGGCUAAUUUUAUUUUUUCGUUUAAAGAUACAACAUAUAACAUGCACUAUGUAUGGCGCAAUCAAGCAUCUUUUAUUUACCAG